AUGGAGAUGAAUCGCGUGGCCAUUAGUCAAUUAAACGAUAAUAUCUAUGCAUGGGUUAUUCGGGUUGCGGUGGUAGAAAAAAGUCUUAUUCGGCAUGCUCAUUAUAUGGGACGUAAGUAUCAGCGUUACGUUUUUGCCGAUGAUUUGGGUGAUCGGAUUCAAGGGAUUGUCUACUUAAAUGACGUUCAGGUGUUAGAUGAGGUGUUACAAUUAUAUUCUACGUAUUAUAUAGGAAGUGCGACAGUUCGUAGAUUAACGAAUAAUCGAGUAGUUCUUGGAACGGUUGCUUUCGAGUUAGUGAUUACACAAUAUAGCUUUAUUCAGUUGGUUGAUCCAUCACUGAGAUUGCCAAUUGAUAAUAUAUAUAAUUUUACUCCGUUUGCGAAUUUGGGUUCCUUGAGAUAUUUCGGAGAUUCGAACUUAGCUAUUCUUGCUAUGGUGAUCGAAGUCCUACCUUUGCAAAUAUUUAUUAUCGGAGGAAGAUAUAUAUGGGUUCAAGAGUUUAUUAUACUGAAUGAGGAGAUGAGACCAAUGAUAUUUGCCAUGUGGGAGGAUUUUCUUGAGUCAGAAGGGAUGCAUCUUGUUCAGAUUGCGAAUGAACAUCCAGUUGUUUUAAUCUGUAGGCCUAAAGUUAGUCGUCUUUAUGGGGUGUCACUUGCUACACAGGAACAGACUAUUGUUAUGUAUAACGUCGAUAUUCCACGAGCUCGUGAAUUACACGAGUGGUACGAAACUAUGCCAGGAGAUGGGGCGCAAAUUUUUCCCGCUUUGCGACGCUUCGUUGUAACUUCCGAGUCUGGAGCAAGGAGGUGGUUUGACUGGAGCUGGAUAUUUGCUUUUUCAGUGGUAGUCUGA